GUUCCACCAUGGAGGUUGCAAUGGUAAGCGCAGAAAGCUCUGGGUGCAACAACCACCUGCCGUAUGGGUAUGCGGCCCAGGCACGAGCCAGAGAAAGAGAACGACUGGCACAGUCCAGGGCAGCAGCAGCGGCUGCUGUAGCGGCUGCCACAGCCGCUGUAGAAAUGGGGGGCUCUGGAGGAGGAGGACCUUAUCAUCACUAUCACCAAGAACAGGGUCGUGGGGCUUCCUCCUCCGCCUGUGGCAACAAUGCAACACGCAGUGGGCACCACCAGAGCAGCAGAAGAAGAAAGCAAAGGAGGAAAAAGAGUCAUUACCUCGGUGGCAGAGAGUUUGGCUCCUCCUUCCCUUGCUCGGAGUUGCUGCCCCUCAGUGGUUCUGAGGAGAAGAUCCUGAAGGACUUGAGUGAGGAGGAGGAGGAGGAGGAGGAAGAAGAAGAAGAUGAAGACACCGAGGAGGAAGAGGAGGAGGAAGAAAGGAAGGUCUCCUUCAGCGAUGAAGGUGGCAAUGAUCAGUAUUCCUAUUCAGACCAGCCUCCCGAUGAUGGGGCUGGACCUGGGGGCUACACUUCGGUGCGCUACAGUGAGUAUGAGUGCUGCGAAAGGGUUGUAAUCAAUGUCUCAGGCCUGCGAUUUGAAACCCAACUGAAGACCUUGGCUCAAUUCCCUGAGACCUUGCUGGGCGAUCCAACAAAGCGGGGCAGGUUCUUUGACCCGCUCCGGAACGAGUAUUUCUUCGAUAGGAACCGGCCCAGCUUUGAUGCCAUCCUUUACUAUUACCAGUCCGGUGGGAGGCUGAAAAGGCCUGUUAACGUGCCCUUUGACAUCUUCUGCGAGGAAGUUAAAUUCUAUGAACUUGGAGAGGAGGCCAUGCUCAAAUUCCGAGAAGAUGAAGGUUUUGUGAAGGAAGAGGAUGACAAGGUGUUGCCGGAAAAUGAAUUUAAGAAGCAAAUAUGGCUGCUUUUCGAGUACCCGGAGAGCUCCAGCCCAGCCCGAGUCAUUGCCAUCGUCUCGGUUUUGGUCAUUUUAAUCUCCAUUGUAAUUUUCUGUCUGGAGACCCUGCCAGAAUUCAGAGAUGAAAAAGAGCUCAUUUUGACCUUAAACCUGGAGAAUGUUAAUGAGACACUACAACUGCAAGGUGGGGGGCACACUAUAUUUAACGAUCCUUUUUUCAUCGUGGAAACGGUUUGCAUCAUUUGGUUCUCUUUUGAGUUUACAGUGCGCUGUUUUGCUUGCCCCAGCAAAGCGACCUUCUUCAAGAACAUCAUGAACAUCAUAGACAUUGUCUCCAUUUUGCCUUACUUCAUCACCCUGGGCACAGACUUGGCCCAGCAACAGGGCAGUAACGGUCAGCAGGCUAUGUCUUUUGCUAUCCUGAGGAUCAUUCGUCUCGUCAGGGUGUUUCGUAUCUUCAAGCUCUCCAGACACUCGAAGGGUUUGCAGAUCCUGGGUCACACGCUCCGGGCCAGCAUGAGGGAACUUGGGCUCCUGAUCUUCUUCCUUUUUAUUGGAGUCAUUUUAUUUUCCAGCGCUGUUUAUUUUGCAGAAGCUGACGAGUCUGCCACCCAUUUUCAAAGCAUCCCAGAUGCCUUCUGGUGGGCUGUGGUGACCAUGACUACUGUUGGUUAUGGGGACAUGAAACCCAUAACAGUGGGUGGGAAGAUAGUUGGGUCCCUGUGUGCCAUUGCAGGUGUGUUAACCAUUGCUUUACCAGUGCCAGUGAUUGUCUCCAACUUUAACUAUUUUUAUCACAGAGAGACAGAAAAUGAUGAACAGACCCAAAUGACGCAAACUGCUGUCAGUUGUCCGUACCUUCCGACAAUACUCAAGAAAUUCCGAAGUUCACCUUCUUCUUCUACAGAGGACAAAUCAGAGUAUUUGGAGAUGGAAGAAGGGGUUAAAGAGUCUCUUUGUGUAAAGGAGAAAAAAUGUCAGGUCACAGGAAAUGGCAAUGAGACAGCAAAACAGAACUGUAUAAAUGCAAAAUCUGUGGAAACGGAUGUUUAACUUUGACUGUUUCCAAACCUAUUUAUGCAUUAAGGAAUGCAUUGGUUAAAAAAUGAAAUAUGCAAACAGGAGUCUAAACAAGCAUAUAGAAAUAUGCCGUUUACUGGUUAAAUAUGAAUAAAAAGGCAUUAGUUAAGUUGUAUUACAUAUCAAGUAAAUGAUAUAACUUGUGGAGGGGGCUUUACCUGAAGUAGUUUCAAAGUCUAUAUUUUUACUAGAAUGCAGGUGUUUUGCACAUGAAGGAGAUAAUUUUACUUUUAAGAAGGGCAUAUUUAACUGCCCACCCCAUUCACUACCCAGUGGUAAAAGUUGGCAUUUAAAGGUAUUUACUAUGUAAGAAACGAUGAAGUUCAGUAGCCAUGUAUUCAUUUGUUAAUGCUUUAAGAACAACUACCAUAAUUCAAUGGAUUCCAUAGUCUUUUAUUUGAAAAUGCUAAAGAUGGUGGUGGGAGAAAAAGUUACUCUAUAGGAAGUCCAAAUUGA